AUGGCUUUGCUAGGGGCGGUCGUGGGCGGCCCCGAGCGCGGCGGGCGGCAGCGCAGCAUCGGCGGCCGCUCGGUGGCCGAGGUCCGCAGGCUCGGCGAGGGCGGCUUCGCCUCGGUCUGGCUGGUGCAGGACACCGCCACUUCCGAGAGCUUCGCCCUCAAGAAGAUCUCCUGCCCAGACCGCAAGUCCUUCGAGAAGGGGCUGCGGGAGGCGGAGCUCUUGGAGUGGCUGCCACGCCACCCUAACGUCGUCGGGUUCUCCGGAAGCGGCGUCUGCGACGGGCCCUCCGCCCAGGUCAAGGAGGUGUUGCUGCUGCUCGAGCUCUGCUCGGGCGGGCACCUGCUCGACCUGCUCGAGAGCCACUCCGGGCGGCUCACCGAGGAGCAAGUCCUCGGGCCCUUCUCGGACGUCGCGGCCGGGGUCGCCUUCCUGCACGGGCGUUCGCCGCCCGUGCAGCACCGCGACCUGAAGGUCGAGAACGUGCUGCUCGGCGCGGACGGGAGGUGGAAACUCUGCGACUUCGGCUCGUGGAGCUCCGAUCACAUCGAUCCGGGCGCCUUGGACAAGAGGGGCCUGGCGGACCUGGAGGAGGAGAUCGAGAGACACACCACUCUGAUGUACCGGCCGCCAGAGAUGGUUAAUUUCUUCAAGCAGUUUGCGAUCUCUACGCAGGUGGACAUCUGGAUGCUCGGGUGCAUCUUGUUCACGCUCAUGUUCUACAGGAACCCUUUCCAGGGCGAGUCCCCUCUCGCCAUCACCAACGCCCGCUUCGAGUUCCCGCCGCCUGAGGCCGGGCGCCAGCCCUUCUCCGAGCGGCUGCACGACCUGGUCCGCUGGCUGCUGGCGCAGGACCCGGCCCACCGGCCCUCCGCCGCGGAGCUGCAGCGGCUGCUGGCGCGCUUCGCCGACGAGCGGGGCGAGCCGCUGCCGCUCCCGCGGGCCGUGCUGGAGCGGAAGGAGCAGCACCUUCGGCUGUACAACCCGCAGGCGUGCCCAGCGCCAGCUGCCAGGCCCAGCCACUUCGAGAACGGCACGGCCCUCCACACGCGCGCUGGAACGGCGUAUUACGUGGCCCCGCAGGUGCUGGCGGGCAGAUACGACCGCAUGUGCGACCUCUGGAGCGCCGGCGUCAUCAUGUACACGAUCUUGUGCGGCUACCCCCCGUUCUACGGGGACUCCGACGAGCAGGUGCGACAGCAUCGGUUGCGUCGACGGCUCCGACUGGGGCGGGGAGGGGAUCACCUGCGCCAAGGGCUGCUUCCGAGGGCGAGUCCAAGGGCCAGGUCCUCGCGUGCGUGCGGCAAGGGAAUUACACAUUCGAGCCAGAGGAUUGGCGAACCAUUUCGAGGGAUGCCAAGGACCUUGUUCGCAACCUGAUCAAGAUGAAUCCUGCCGCGACGGUGGCGGCCGCGGCGCGCCAGGCGCUGGGCCACCCGUGGCUCAAGAGCCGCGCUCCGGGCGGGGGGCGGGGCUCCUUCUCCUUUCGGGAUGCUGCUAGAUAGCUCGGCAGCGUUCGGGCGUGUGCAUGUCUUCCCUGGCGAGGGCCAUCCAGGAGCCUCUUGG